GAUGAUGUUUGGUCUCUAUGGUAACCGCAGGACGCAGAUACAGAGGAAGACAGUGUAAUGGCUGGCACAGCGCGGCACGACCGGGAGAUGGCAAUCAAUGCCAAGAAGCAGCUGAGCGGGUGCACGGACCCGGUGGAGCGUCUCCGGCUGCAGUGUUUAGCCCGAGGAUCAGCUGGCAUUAAAGGACUGGGCAGGACCUUUCGAAUCAUGGAUGAUGACAACAACAGGACGCUGGACCUGAAAGAGUUCAUGAAGGGUCUGAAUGAUUACGGUGUGAUGAUGGAGAAGCAGGAGGCUCUGACAUUGUUUCAGGUGUUUGACAGGGAUGGCAGUGGAACCAUCGACUUCGAUGAGUUUCUCCUCUCACUCAGGCCGCCCAUGUCCAACGCCAGAAAGGAGGUGAUCAUGCAAGCUUUCAGGAAGCUGGAUAAAACAGGGGAAGGUGUUAUAACAGUAGAAGACCUGAAAGGUGUGUACAACGUCAAACAUCACCCCAAAUAUCAGAAUGGAGAGUGGACCGAGGAGCAGAUCUUUCGUAUAUUUUUGGACAGUUUCGACUCUCCCGAUGACAAGGAUGGAAAGGUCACAAAGGAAGAAUUUAUCAACUACUACAGUGGAGUCAGUGCGUCCAUCGACAGUGACACGUAUUUUAUUCUAAUGUUGAAGACAGCAUGGAAGCUAUGAGAUUUAUAUUUUAUUUAGAAUGGCUUAAUAUUUCACUAUUAAAUUAUUAUUAUUUAAAAUUGCCUAACAAUACUGAUAAUGUAAAAUGAUGAAUGUUUAUUUGUAAUUGACACAGAUUAUGAAGUUCUUAUUUACCAUAUGACCAGUUUCCUCGUACCCUAAAUGUAGUUCCUUAACCAAAACACUGGUGUUGAUGUUUGGUACUUCUGUUUUUCCCAACACGUAGAUGAAAAGUAACGUUAUGUAUUUUCUCAGACGACCUACAACUGUGACCAAAUAGUCUAAAUAAUUGAGGGUGGGCAGCACGGUGGCUCGGUGGAUAGCACUGCUGCCUCACAGCAAGAAGGUCCUGGGUUCGAUCCCCAGGCGGGGUGGUCCGGGUCCUUUCUGUGCGGAGUUUGCAUGUUCUCUGCGUGUCAGCGUGGGUUUCCACAGGGAGCUCCGGUUUCCUCCCACAGUCCAAAAACAUGCAGUCAGGUUAAUUGGAGACACUGAAUUGCCCUAUAGGUGAAUGUGUUUGUCUGCCCUGCGAUGGACUGGCGCCCCAUCCAGGGUGUGACUAUGUGCAUUGCGCCCAUUGAAAAACUAGGAUAGGCUCCAGCAUCCACCGCGACCCUGAUUGGAUAAGCGGUUAAGAAAGUGAGUAAGUGAAUAAUUGAUGGUGAUGGGUAAAUAAUUGGCUUUGAUCAGGAUUUAACUAGUGACCUUGUCCAGUACCUUAAUCACUGAGCUACUGCUGCCCAUCCCUGACCAUAUGGGUGCUUUUAAACAAAAUGUCCAAAAUGCUUUCUUAUUUUCAAAAUUAAAAAAACUAACUGAUGACCAGCAGUUUACAGUGCAGUACAAAAGUAUUUGCCCCAUUCUAAUUUCUAAUAUUUUUGCACAUUACACACUUCAUUGUUUCAGAUCUUUAAACAAUGUGAUAUAUUUAUUUUAUUUUACUAGGAUUUUAACGUCGUUUUACACUCUUUGGUUACAUUCAUGACAGGACGGGUAAUUCAUUUCUAAGUAAAAAGUCCAACACCAACUGGUUCUGUGUGAAAGGUAAUGACACUUAAUCAACCAAUUAACUACAUUUAAUUCCUAAUUUAUAUUAAUCUAUUUUAACAAUCAUCUGUAAUUAUGGUUUGUGUUGUUUAUCAUUUCUGUGUUUUGUCAGAUUAAAUGUUUUGUUGAUUACAGUUUGUAUGCUAAAUUUAACAUGCAAAAUUAACAUAAAAUCAUUUAUUGUCUGUUUUA